AUGGCGGAGGCAAUUCUUACGGUAGUCUUGCAACAGAUAACAACAAUCUUGAGUGACCAAGCGGUAAAAGAGAUGACGAUGUGGGGAGACCGCGAGGCUGCUCUCAAAAAUCUUGAAACAUAUCUGAAAUCCAUCCGAUCCGUUCUCAAAGAUGCAGAGGACCUUCAAAUUACAGACGAUGCAAUCAAACUGUUGCUAGAAGAUCUGAAAAUUGUAAUUUAUGAAAUCGAGGAUGUGUUGAAUUUAUGGAGCUGUAAAGUACGGAAGGCAGAAUCUGUUCGUGCCAAGGUAAAUUGUCUACUUGAAUUCAUUGCAUAUCGUCGUAGUUCUGAUAGAAUAAAGAAGAUUUGUGAAAAACUGAGUCCAUUUGAGCUGAAAAACAAGCUGGAUCUGGGCAAGAUUUAUGAGGAAGAACAGGGCAGUCAAACUAUCUCCAUAGUGGGGAUGGGAGAAAAAGUUGCGCGUGAUAUCAUUUUAGCUUUUGAAGAAGAUAAUUUUAGUUUUCCUGUGUACCUCCAAGAUUCAGUUACUUUAGAUUUCCUUCUUGGUAAUCUUAAGCAGAAAAUCAUAGAUACAAGAUUUUUUCUUGUUUUAGAUGAUGUGUGGGCAGACGAUAAUGGAGAUUGGGAAGACCUGCAAGCUGUUUUAAAACAUGGUAAGCCUGGAAGUAAGAUUUUGGUUACUACUCGGAAGGUAUCUGUUGCAAAUACCUUAUCUUGCAAUUCAGGUUUGAUUUAUUAUUUGUCGAGUUUACCUGAUGAAGAUUGUUGGUCAAUUCUUAAGCAAUUUGCAUUUGUUGGAAAGGAUCAACUUUCUCAACAAAAUCGCGAACCCUUGGAAUGCAUUGCAAAGAGAAUUUCAAAGAAAAGUAAAGGUUUGCCACUUGUUGCGAAGGAUCUAGGACAUCACUUACAAAAAAGUGAAGCAAGAUUGUGGAAUGAUAUCAAUGACAAAGAGCUAUGCAAUUUGGCUGUGUGGGAACGUGUUUUGCGUUCUUUAUUCUUGAGUUAUCAUGAUUUGCCGCAGUCAAGAAUCAGAGACUGUUUCUUGUAUUGUGUAACCUUUCCUAAAGGAUUGCAAAUCCGGAUAGAUAAUUUAAUCAGGCACUGGAUUGGACAAGGUUACUUAGCUCCUAGUGGCAAUGUAAAGAGAGAAGAUGAGGUUGAAGCUACAGGUAGAGAGUUCUUUCAACACUUAGCAUCUUGCUCUUUAUUCCAAGAUUUUGUGGAAGAAGAUGACGCUGGCAUUGUUGCAUGUAAGAUGCAUGACAUAAUAUAUGAUCUUGUACAGUAUUUGACAAGUAAAGACUUUGUGAUGAAAGAGGUAAAUAGAUCUGAAAUCAUGAAAUUUCAAUUACCUUCGAAUGAUGCUCGCCACUUGACGGUCAUUCUUGAAGAAGAUCAUUAUUUUCCUCUUUCAAUUAAAGGUGGUAGCAAAUUGCGUAGCCUUUCAAUCUUUUCUGCCUUGGGAACCCGAGUUGUUACAUGCGAUUCUCUGCACCAAUUGUUUGUACAAUCUCCGUGCUUAAGGGUGCUAGAUUUGGGCAUGAAUAAUUCAUGUGAUAAUUUGCUUCCCAAGAUUUCAAGCAAAAUAGGUGAUUUGAUACAUUUAAGGCAUCUCAACUUAUUUUGUUGCAAGAUGAUACAUAGACUACCUGAUACAAUCUGCCAAUUGCAUGAUUUGUUAUCCUUGGAUCUUCAUGGAUGCAGUCGUCUUGAAAAACUACCGGAUGGUGUGGGGAACUUGAUCAAUUUGAGGUAUCUUUGUACUACAGAUUGUUCCGGUCUAACUUACUACCCCAAAGGGAUUGGGAAAUUAACAUCUGUAAGGAUUUUAACAGAUAUCAUUGCAAGAGCGGAUUGCGAUGAUCCUAAAGUGUUCUGCAUUGGAGAUCUCGAAAACUUGAACAACCUCCAUGAAAUUCUUCGUCUGAAGCUGGUGGGAAAUGUAAUAGAUGUGCAACAGGCUGACAAAGCCAAACUCCAAAACAAGACGCAUCUCAAGAAGGUUAAGAUCUAUUUAGAUGGAAGAAUAGACCAUGCUGUUGCAGAUACAACAUUGAAUCUACCUCUCUCCAUGAGGAAUGGUUUCUUCAACGAUCGCGAAUGGUGAAAUGUUGCUUGAAGGACAUAUGAAUUGAGAGGCUCUGUCGGUGGUGAUAAUGGUAGUGAUGGUGGUAUUUAUUAAAAGUAAGUGGUUAAAAUUAUAUGCUGAUACUUUAAGAGUUAGGGCUCUAAGAGUUGAUAUUAUCACUUGUAUUAGAUUGGAAUAUAAAAAAAGGUUUGUGCUUUGCUGCUUGACGUGAUUAUAUUUUAUGCCUUGUAAGUUGUGAGUUACCAAGUGAUUGUUUAUUCCUUUUUAUAAAUUACCAGGUGAUUCCUGAUGGGAGCCAGAGGGUACCUUGGCCCCAAGAUUUGGAAAA